GACGAUUAGGUGCGUCAGUGACACGAAAGAACAUCACGACUGCCAGUAUCAUAAAUAUAAUGGGCGAAAUAAACGAAAUGUACAGGGAAGGCUAAGUUGUCACAUGGUGUCAAAGUAACUGACAUCAAAAUGUCUGAAAUCAGCGAAUGGAAGAAAAGUGCCAGUUACUUGCCUCCGUCCGGUUGCCCUCUUUACCCGCGCCGACUGACACCAACCCGAUCUCCGCCGAGGAAUCCGAAAUCGCCCAAAAGCACCAAGCACCGCGGCUCGCGCCGGAGGUCAGUAUCUCGAUCACCUUCUAAAACCAAAAGGCGUCAGUCCCCGUCUCCUGCCAAAGUCGUCAACAACACCGAUGACAUCGAGGAACUUCCUUCUCGUAUCGUGGAGCAGCACGGCGUGCCGUGGCAGAACCCACCAGAGCCAGUCGCUGACUCGCCGCCAAAACACGACGAGAAGCCUGUAAAAGCAUCCACGGACAGCUUUGAGAUUAACGAGGCUGCAACUAUCCCUAAGUCUACGACUCCCUUGGAAGUUAAGGAAGAAGCUACAACGGUCGAGGAGAAACGCAAGAGGUCUCCCCAGCCGUACUUCAGGCGACGUAGCGGCUCCCCCUCUUCACGCCUGCGAGGAAAGAAGCCCCCCUCCCCUCUCAGUGAACCCAAGCUGAACACAUCCACACCGCCCAAGGCUACACCCGACAAGGCGCCAAAGAAAUCUGACGGAGCUGCCAGUGAACGUUUUAGUCGCGUGAGUCCGCCUAACGUGCGAGAGAGGUCAUGGUCCAGGAAGGCGACCACGCCCGUCAGGUAUGUUUCCACCAGCAUUCCCCAAGGUAAUUCCUGGCUUGGAUUCAACGAGAGCGCCAACAAUGUGACUGAGGUAGGGCCAGUCUCUGUCUCGCCGCCCACUGCCAAAACCUCAGAUUCAAAUUAUUCUGCCCAGAGUUCAAGGCCGAGCGUGGGGUCGUCCAGCUUGAGUCGCGAGCGGCAGGAGACGGAGAGGAGAGAGGACCCCAAGUCCUGGGGGGACCUGCUGGAGAGUGCUCUUGAGACAGAGUGCAGUUCCAGACUUACUGCUGGCGAUAACACGACAAGUGUCCUUGACCCAGCCCCACCAUGAGAUAUCCACUGGUCCUGGGUUGUCUUCUGACUACUGUCCUUGCAGUAGUUCAGGCGAGAAAACCGAAUU